AUGUGGAAAGGGCUUGUUGUAGUGCAUUUCAUUGUGGUUCGAAAUAUUAUUUCACAACCAGUUAUAGAAAAUGAACAGGUGAAUAGACAGACAAACUUUGAGGAAUGUUGUCCAUGCCCCGGAACUAGAGAUGGAGAUACCAAUUUCAGGGACCAAGGCACAUUAUCAACAAUGAGGUCCUUUGCUCGCGUUCCCGUUGAUGAGUGUCCCUGUCGAUUAACGGGAGUCGACUCUGAGGCGUCGCCGUCCAUCUUUUACCCAUCUUUCUUACGAGCCGCUCAUCCUAAAGAAAGGACAGAAAAACCGAAAGAAGAAGCUAAACCGCUUCUUCAACCGGAAGUAGGCUUAGCUUCAUCAGUUUUGGAGACUUUGCGAGAAGCCACCGAUGAAGAAUAUCAAGACGCGUUAGAAAGAGAUGCAGCAAAAAGUGCAAUGAGAGUAGAUGAAUCGGACUUGUUUGAUUCAGAACCUGACAAUACAAGAAAUUCGGUCACCAUUGUAAUUAGCUCAAAGGAUGAUUUGGACAAUGACGAUACUCUUUCAGAAGCCUCACAUGUUCAAGAAACUAGAUGUAUUCACAGUCCAUUAGGAAAUUCAAACAUUUUGGGUAGACAACGUGUAACAUCUCCGCGAUUAUCAAAAGAAAUAGUACUACCAAAGCAUAAAUCUAAGAGCCUACUACAUAAAUCAUUAUCUGAUAUGGACAAUAGUGCUAGUAACAUACAAGAAAGAAUCAAUGGUAACAAAAAUAAUGAUUUAAGUAGUAAAUUUAAAGUAAACCCAUCGUUGCUAAAUGACUUUUCAACUAUCAGUGAAGAACAAAUAGAGGAUAAUUCAAAUACAUGGCAAAAAUCUGGAGCCAGCAUGCAAAAGAUUCUUUGUGAAAGUCAAAAUAAUUUAGACAGUGGACAAGAAUUUAGUAAUAGCCCAUCAUUUAGAUUAGCCACGUUAAAGAAUAAAUUACGUGACCUUACUGAAUUGAGACAUGCAAAACGUGUACAUAACAAUUUGCAUACAGUUCUAAAACAAAAUAGCUUGAGUGAUUUUAAUUCUGGGCAUGGUGAUUCUGCUACAGAUAUGACGACAUCGAACUUUAAAUUGCAAUCACCUUUGGAUACGAUAUUUGAUUAUCAACAUCCAAUUGUUAAAAAUUUAUUGAAACUAAAAGACGUCGAGCUUAUCCCACCGAGAAAAAUCUUCAACAAAGAUUCUACAAAAGGAAAAAUGUAUACCGGUUUAAAAGCUGCUAGAAUAGAAAACAACGAUGGUAUUUUUAUAACACCUAGUACAAUUAACAAAAACGAUCGCUUAAUGAAUACAGGUGAGUGUGAUAAUGAAAAUGCAAGUAACUUAAAAGAAAAUUUAGGAAAAGUCUCGGAUGAAAUAACAAAAAUACAAUCACCGAUGUACACAAGACUAUCAAACUCUCCUGAAAUUCCGCUACUUACUAACCAAGACUCUAAUGAAGAUAGUUUAAAUGAAAAAGUCAUUUCAAGUGAUAUAAGUGAAAUUGCUGAUGCCUCUGAUUUUGUCGAAGAACAAGGUUAUGUUAGUAAAAGUAAUAAUGAGAAUUUUGAACAUAAAAGCUCAGAAGACCUUUACAAAGAAAAUAAUAGAAUUGAAGAUUCAGCUUCUGAAACGAGCGAUAAUACAAUUAAUAUACUGGAAAAAGACAUAAACACUCAAAAUGAUGAUUCAGGUGUUAACGACAGUAGUAUAAAUGACGACAUACACCAUCAAGAUAAUAAUUUAAAAAAUACACAGGAUCAAAAUACUGCUAGUUAUCCGAUAAAACAAGAAACUAAUCGGUUUGAAUCAUUCAAAGCCGAUAUUUUAGGAAGGUUGGAAAAUAUAAAAAAGAACAUGAAAUUAAAUUUACAUGAAACAAAUUUAAAACCACCUGUAAAAAUUGAAAAAAGUAAUAAUAAUCAGGAUGUAGAGAGUGGAGUAAAUUUUCAAUCUAAAAGUGUUAAUGACGUUACAUUUCAUGAUUUACAAAAAAUCUCUAAUUCUCUUCUUAAUCAAGAAAACCAGCAAAGAGUUUUUAAAAAUUCAGAUUGUAGCAACGACGAUUCGAUAAGUAGCACUGAAAAUUCUUUGUUAGCAAAUAAUGUGGUAAAUGACAAUCAAAGCGACCCUUCAGAGGUAGAUUACGCAAAAAUACAAUUGGAUGGAAACACAUUUUCAUCAGAAGUUAUAUCAGAUUAUGAUAAUGAUACAAUAUUUAACAAUUCAAAUUCACCAACCCAACAAGAAACUCAUAGUUCACAAAGUUCUGAGCACAUUUGUUAUGUAAGUUCCAAUGAAAAUUCUUUCAAAACAGAUGAAGAUAAAGAUCAUACAGAUACACAUUCGGAGGAUUUUACAUCAAUGGAUGAAAUGUCACUCCAAGCUAGUAAUUCUAAAUAUGAUGCCAUACGGCCACAACUGAAUGACGAUAACCUACGAUCUUCUUUACGGCAAGAUAUCAUAGUUCAACCAUCUUUCCCGACAGAAGGAUUUAAUUUGUUUACGGAACCUUUUCAAAUACCUAGCUUAGAUGAAAUUAGACAGGGAAUCACAAACAUUAUAAAUGCAGGUCAACGUGAAGUAGAAGAACCUAGAUCAAGUGAUUUUGACCCUUUAACUGAAAGUUCAAAUUUAAAAUCUAUGCUAUCUUCAAAUUUAAGAUCCAAAUUACCUAAAUCUAGCCAUUUUGAAGAUGUUGACAUAGAUGUAUAUCAAUUGAGACCCUUGCAAAAGAUGAAAUCCAAUCCGUUAAUAGCUUUGCCGAGACUAAAUAUAAAUUCAUUUAAAACUAAAUUAGCUUUACCGGAGCCUGGAAUUUUAAAACCAUUAAAAUUGGAAUCAGUUUUGGGUAAUAAUGCGGGUAUACUUGGCGCAACUUUAUCUUUAGGCUCUGAUGGAACCAAAUCAAAAGAAAAAUCUAAAUCAAAAUUAGCAUCCGAUCUUUUGGGAAUUUCUUUAAGGGAAGUGCCUACCUUAGAUGAUAUACGAAGCUUACUACAAUCAAACGCUCAAAAUAUCUUUAAAUCUCCAGCAAAUAAAAUUUCGAAAUCAAAUAUAAUGGAUAGACCUCUUUUCUCUGAACGCUCUAUAAACGAUUUUACAGACAAUCUUAAACAUAGUACAGAUAACGCAUUAAAAGCUAUGCAAAACAAUUUGAAAGAAGUAAAAUUAGGUAAUCCAUUGCAAAAUACCAGAAUAGAUUCUAAUGAUUUUUUGGAAUCAAUGGGAAGAAAGCGAGAUGACAUGAAAGAAAAACUAUAUGCCAUACAUGAAAACCUAAAUGAUAGACUAACAUCCAUUCACGAAAAACUAUCCGAUCAAAUUAAUUUGCAAUCUAUGAAUAUACCUACUUACGAAGAUAUUGGUAAAAGUUUAAGUUUGCCUACCAGAAUUAGUUUUGAAAAAGAUAACGAUUAUAAAAAAUUAGUUUCUACAAGACUUCCUGAUAGAGAACGCAAUUUGCAAUCUACGUCUAGUUUGUCAUCACAAGAUGAAAUGUUUGUAAGAAACAAAAUGAAGCCGCUGAAUAAGUCACAUGCUUUUAAUGCUCGAAGCAAAAAUGAUGAUAAGCGUACCUUCAAACAAAACUUGGGAAUUAUUGGAAAAACACCCUCAAAAGGAAUGAACAAAGCCUCAACUUUACAUCAAGAAAACUAUUUUAGCGAUUUAAAAAACUUUGGGAAGCACAGUGGAUUGGCCCCAUUAAAAAAUAACAAAGUUAAAAUAAAAUUUUCUACUACUACAUUGAAGCCAAUUAUAAAACAUAAAUAUUAUAAGAAAACUGCCGUAGGCUAUCCUACAAAGUACUCUUUAGAAUCCUUAAGGAAUGAUAAGAAUGCUGCGCUUAAAACAAAAAAUGCGAAAAUAAAAUCUAUUGAGGACGUUCAUCGUUCACCGAGUGAAUUAACUGCAUCAAGAAUACGCCCCUUAGACAGGUUUCCGGGUGAAAACAAAGGGACGAAAAAUUCUCAACAAGUUUUAGAUAUUAAUACUCCAUUAAAGAAAAGUUUAAAUGUAAAUAACGCUCUAUCCGAGUUUACGAAUGACAAACAUAAAACAAACCAGGAACCGUCAGUAUUAAGUGAUUUCCCCGUUUCAAACCAAGCACUUGCCCAACAACCGUUUUUGCCAAAAACAAAGGAAAAUUCUUUUAUCUCAAAUGUAAGGGAAGCAAUUCGAACUCGAUUAGCAAAUAUAACGCCUAUUUCAAAAACUUUGCCUUUAAGUGAAGAUAAACUGAAAUCAAAUUUAGACACAAUAGAAUCACCAUCAGAAAACGUGAAAGCCAUUAGUAUAAUGGAUAAUCCGUUAAAAGAAAAUACGUCGUACAAGUGUACUAUGAUGUGUGUAAAAGACUUAUAA